UGUCCAUCUAACUCCAACCCCCGGCUUGUGGGAGGCGGUAUUUAGUGGUCGUUCUUCUGGCAUGGAUCUCAGGGUUGUGUGCUUGUUGUUUUUGAAUUUUUGGAAUACUUCUAGUUUGUUAACUCUUUCUUACAUACUUGCUUUCCAAAAGGAAGGAGCUGCAAAAGAUGGCGGCUGGGGCCAUUCAGCUUGUUGUCGACCUGGUCUGCGCCGUGUCGCCGAUUUUUAUGUUCAUUGCACCGGCGACGUUGUUUCAGCCGGUUCUGUGCCCAGGAUGUUGUACCAGGCGAAAUCGACAUAGCUCCGAUAACGAGCUGGAUGGGGAUGACACGCCACCAUCAACAUCAUCUCCUACAGGCAAAGGCAGCCACAGUCACGAGAAAAGCACCACGCAGAAGGUUGAGAUGCCGCCCCUUCCCUUGACUUCGCAGCUUCUGAACUGUACGGUUUGGCUUCUGUACUGCAUACUGGAGGGCAUCAUUCCAGGCGUCAUUCCGAACGCUUUUGGUGUGGUAUUCGCUUUCAUUUUCGUGAUGCUCUACAUCCCACACUACAAAGUGCAGCUCUAUCGGUCGCAACUGCGCUGCCAACUGGCUGUAACUGCGAUCUUCAGCGCACUCUUGGCCACGCUCUUCAUUGCCGCACUGGUGCAAGGCGGCACACAGCGAGGUUAGAAUCUAAUAUUUCUUUGAAGACAUUUUUGUAAGUAGUGACUUUGUGUUGAAAAGUUGAUAGUGAAACUGAACACGACAUAUACGUUCAAGCAAGCGAAAGACAUCAUAGACCGUUGGAGGAGCAAUGUCCUCUACUCGUAAUAUCCACCUCGUACGUACAAAAUUUACAGAAGCGCUAUCAGCGAUUAUUGGGUGGAUGGGAUUUUCUAUUUGUCUUCUCUUUUUGGGUUACCCGCUAGCUGCUAUGUUUCGCGCGAUUAUCCUCCGGAAUCCGGAAGUGCUUGGCUCCCUGGCCAUGGCGUUGUUGACUGUUUUGUGUACUAUCGCAUGGACCAUCAACGCCUACGUUUUCCUCAAUGAUGCUCCGAUUUUUGUUGCAAAUAUUAUUGGAAUCGCCAUUCACUCGCUGUCACUCACGGUUCGAUUCGCGUGCUACCGAGGGAUGGACGUGCUUCGUGAUACUAGCACGAAUGGAACGAAAAAUACAAGGAGUAGUAGUAAUUCCACGAGCGCCCCGUUUUCGGAACAAGGUCCUUUACCGGACGAAGCCUACGCCCCACGGGUUGCAGAGUUGCAGGAUCGCUAUCCUCGAAUCUUCGCAAGCCGCAUCGCGAAGUUGCUGCUUGGGUCCGAACAACCUCCGAAGAACAUCAUAGGAGAUCCUGAGGUAGGAGGAACACACGAUCUUCAAGGCAUGCUGCAAUACAUUAAGGCUCAAAAUAACUCAUUUCCGACGGUCGUUUUCUUCGUUUUUCUUCUUGGGAUUCCGAAGAAAUGAACCCCAAGAAAUGAAUUGUUUUGAGCUCUAAAUACAAAGUUGAUGAUGAUCUUGUGCCUCAUCCGGACGUCGUGGAAACCACAGGAGACCAUAAUGCAGCGUCUAUCGAAAAAGCAGCAACGACGGAGUUCGAGCCGAGCAGUACGGCAUCCGGUGGCGCAGAUUCGAGUACGGGAACCACGACGCUGCUCGUGAAAUAGAAGAAACCUUCACAUUCAAACUUUUUGUGAGUCAAGACGGUUGGUAUUUGACAUACCAGCAUCUUCAAGCGCAUCCACAGCAUAUGUGAGUACAAUGGAGUGUACAACAGAAACACGCGUGCUUGAAUAAAUAUCAUAAAACGACGAGUGACAUAUCAUGAGCUUUUUCUUGCCAUAUGAUAGUUCUAAUUAGAGGACCGCGGGUUUAUGUAUCUUGGACCAAAUGAACAAUAGUUGGUUGAGUUUUUCAGAUUGGACUGGGACUGCAUAGUAUCUAUGAUAACACUUUAAAGUAUAAUGUUGUGAUGAAGCGAUUGUGCAGACCGAAAAGAUAGCUUCUUUAUACCGCAUAAGUAAUCCCAGGUAUAUACUCAACAUUCAUACCAUUUUAUGUUAUACGCCUUUCUUUCCAUGCUAGACAUGGAUAGGUGAAUGAAUCAUAAUGCUUAAUGUAAUUUUCGCACAGUUCUUCUUGUACAGACGUUUACAAUCAUGUAAACAUUGGAUGAAGCUUAUGUGGGAACAACCUGUACGCCAAUAUUGAUUUGACACUUUGAUGUGCUUGUAGCUUGUUUGGAAUUAUCAUACUUGACGAUUCUCGUAUCAAUCAAAAACAUAGGAACUUGACGAGCGCAGACAUUGGACGUCUUCAGGCCAGCG